AUGGAACAUCACACCGAUUGGGUGAAUGAUAUUGUACUUUGCUGCGGUGGCAAAAAUCUUAUUAGUGCCUCCUCCGACACAACUGUAAAGGUUUGGAAUGCACCUAAAGGAUUUUGUAUGUCAACCUUACGAACUCACAAGGAUUAUGUACGUACUUUGGCGUAUGCUAAGGACAAAGAACAGGUCGCGAGUGCUGGUCUCGACCGAGCUAUUUUUCUAUGGGAUGUCAAUACUUUAACGGCUCUCACUGCCAGUAAUAACACUGUCACUACGUCUAGUCUUGUCGGUAAUAAGGAAUCUAUAUAUAGCCUAGCUAUGAAUCCUCAUGGAACUAUCCUUGUAAGUGGCUCUACAGAAAAAGUUCUAAGAGUGUGGGAUCCACGUAAUUGUUCUCGACUUAUGAAAUUAAAAGGUCAUGCAGAUAAUGUUAAAGCGUUAGUUGUAAGCAGAGAUGGAUCACAGUGCGUCUCAGGCAGUUCCGAUGGUACAAUCAAGCUGUGGUCCUUAUCCCAGCAAAGAUGUGUUUCAACAAUUCGGGUGCAUUCUGAGGCAGUAUGGGCACUGUUAGCUACUGAAAAUUUUACUCAUAUAAUAUCAGGUGGCCGUGACCGGCUUGUUAUUAUAACAGAACUAAGAAAUCCUAAUAAUUUUAUGAUUGUGUGUGAGGAGACUGCUCCUAUUCUUAAAAUGUGCUUUACAGCUGAUCAGCAAGGUGUUUGGGUAUCGACAUCUGAUUCUGACAUAAGGUGUUGGAAACUGCCAUCACACAACUCUUUAAUCUCUGAUAUGUAUAACCAGAACAGUUAUAACACGAAUAAUGUAUAUCAAACACAGCCACUUCAUCAUAUUCCUGGUGGUCGAGCUAUUAGGCAUUAUACAGUGUUAAACGACAAACGUCACAUCCUUACUAAAGAUACAGCAAACCAUGUUAUGCUGUAUGAUGUGCUUAAAGCCUGCAAAGUUGAGGAUCUAGGUGAAGUAGACUAUGAUGAAGAAGUGAAGAAACGUUUCAAAAUGGUUUAUGUACCUAAUUGGUUUAAUGUUGACUUAAAGACUGGAAUGUUGACAAUACAUCUUGGCCAAGAUGAGACUGACUGCUUAAGUGCAUGGGUUAGUGCAAAAGAAGCAGGUUUGACCACAGAAAAUGAUCAAAAAGUCAAUUUUGGUGCGUUAUUGCUGCAGGCUUUGUUAGAACACUGGAAUCAUCCCAAUAGAGUUAAUGAAGCAGGACAGAAAGUGAUUGGUAACAAUUUCUUUAGUGUUCCGUUGCAUACACCAUUGAUAUUCAGUGAGGUAGGAGGUCGCACACUUUAUAGACUACAGGUUGGUGAUGCAGGAGGGGAAACUGAAGGCAAUCUGCUCAUGGAAACUGUUCCCUCAUGGGUUGUAGACGUAGCUAUAGAAAUGGCCGCACCCAAACUUAAUAAACUGCCUUUCUAUUUACUUCCUCAUUCCAGUUGUCAGAGCAAGCAAGACAGACAAAAGAAGGACCGACUAGUAGCAAAUGAUUUCAUUCAAUGUCGCAAAGUUGCUGAACAUGUUGUAGAGAAAAUUGUUGGAGGCGGAGAUGUAAAUGGGGCUAGUGCGAGUGGUGGGAAACCAAGUACCAAUGAGGAUAGUGGAAAUGAUGCACCUGAGGAACGAGUAGAGUUGCUAUGCUGUGAUCAGGUGCUCGAUCCGAACAUGGACUUGCGGACUGUACGCCACUUCAUAUGGAAGUCCAAUGUGGAGUUCACAUUACAUUACAGAGUUUUGAAACAAUGA